CCCAAUGAUUCUUCUUUAUUGUCACCGCCAUCCGCUAUGCUGCUCUGUCUCUCUCUCUCUCCACAUAUAUAUAUAUAUAUAUAUCACCAUCAACCCGUUUACAGGUUAUCCCUCUGCGAGAAAGAAACAACUCAAUUUAAUCCCAUGGAAUACCACAAGGAGAACAACAAUGCAUGGCUUUCAGUUCCGCAGUUUGGAGAUUGGGACCAAAGGGGCCCAUUGCCAGACUACUCAGGUGAUUUCUCAAAAAUUAGGGCAAUGAGGAAACAGAACAAAAGGGAAAUUGGGUCAAGACCCAGCAGUCUUGGAAACGAACAAGAACUCAACAGGCCACCCCCCUUCUCAGCGGCCCCUUCUCGCCGCCGCCGUCGCUGCCGCCGCCCCCGCCUCCUCACCCGCCGCUGCCCAGCCAUAAGGAAGCUCAUCCUCAGCUACUUCAACUGCUGGGCUAAAGCCUGAGAUUCAUUUUUAACUUUCCUAUAGUUAUAUUGCCACGAAAUUGCUUCAUAUUAAAGAAACAGUGCUUAUAAAUAGCAAAAGGAAUGUUUCUUUUCUACUCUUC